UGUCCCUGGAUUUUAGGUGUCGGUUGGGCAGGCAGUCAUGGAUCAGGUAAUGCAGUUUGUUGAGCCAAGUCGGCAGUUUGUAAAGGACUCCAUUCGGCUGGUUAAAAGAUGCACUAAACCUGAUAGAAAAGAAUUCCAGAAGAUUGCCAUGGCAACAGCAAUAAGAUUUGCUAUAAUGGGAUUCAUUGGCUUCUUUGUGAAAUUGAUCCAUAUUCCUAUUAAUAACAUCAUUGUUGGUGGCUGAAUACAUUUUGGAAGAGAGUUUUUCAUCUUAGAUAUUGGUGAACAAGUAUGAGGCUGUGAGAAGCUCACAGAAUACAAAUUUGCCUGUAUGUUUUGUGGGUUUUUUUUGCUUUCAAGAUGUUUUCUAUUUCUAAAUUAAAGUAAUUUCAAAGUAAAAAAAAAAAAAAA